UACAAAUUUCCGAGACCAAGGAAGGCUUUUUAGAUCUAAACGAUUUGGAACGGGAACUCGCGAGAAUGCGAAGCGAGGGCGUUGCGCAAAUGAUCGGAUGCUUCAGCGCUGCCAGUUGCAUAACCGGGGUUUUGGCAGAUGACGUCGCGACAACCCUCUUACUGCACCAAUACGGUGCACUCAGCGUGUGGGAUUACACUACUGCAGCACCAUACGUUCAGAUCGACAUGAAUCCGCAUUUACCCGGCGUCGAAGAGACCGCAGUGCACAAGGACGCCAUCAUGUUUGCGGGUCAUAAAUUUAUCGGUGGUAUGCAGUCGCCAGGAGUGCUCGUAAUCAAGCAAUGCCUUUUGCGGGAAGAUGUCGAGGUGGAGGACAUGAGAGAUUCUCAUCGUUAUCACCGUGAUUCUGAGUUGCGGGAAGAGAGCGGUACUGCUGGCGUGGUUGAGAGCAUCCGAUGCGGUCUGGCGGUACAGCUCAAAGAAAAUGUCACGCCAAGAGCAAUUGUCGCUCGUCAAGAUAAAAUUUCUAGGCAAGUUCUAGCUCACGUACGCACAAUUCCGGAAUUAAUUUUACUUGGUAGCUCGUCGCAAAAUAUAAAACGAUUACCUAUCUUUUCGUUUAUGGUGCGCCAUCCUCGUGGCACGUUUCUUCAUCAUAAUUUUGUUUGCGCUAUUCUGAACGACGUUUUUGGCAUUCAGGCGCGAGGAGGAUGCGCGUGCACUGGUCGUUACGCUCAUGAUCUUAUGGGAAUCGAUCGAGAACUUGUCAAGAAGUUCGAAACCAUUCUCUUGGAAGGACAACGCAACGGCAUUGAGGAGACUACCACGGAGGCUCUCAGACCGGGCUUUGCUAGACUGGCCUUUCCAUAUUUCAUGAGCGAAGCCGAAGUCGCCUUUAUCCUGGAAGCCCUUAAAAUGGUGGCUACCGAAGGUUGGAAAUUGCUGCCGCAGUACGUACUAAAUCCCGACAACGGCGAAUGGAGACAUCACACUAACAGUGUUUUCAAAGAGCGCAAGUGGCUGGGUUCCAUCAGAUACACGGACGGCAGGAUGAACACUACGGAGAGACGAGUUUCCGGUUCCGGUGUUUUUCCACAGACGUACGGCGACUGUUUGCAAACUGCUCGCAAUAUCUUUAACCGUGCACGCAAAAUGGCACAGCGCUAUCCGCUGCAAAUCGAUAAAAGCUUCAACUUUGCGUGCGAACGAAUGGAGGCGUUGCGUUGGUUUAUGCUGCCGAGCGAGGCACAGGAUCUUCUUCUCGGUAAUUCGCAGAAUGUUAAGCAGGACGUUCCGUUUAAUCCAUUGCUAGCCUCCAAUAGAUUCAAUCAUACAAGCACUGUCAUUGCCUGUCACGACAGUCUAGUCAACUGUCUAACAAUGACUAAUGGUAUCAGACGUCUUAACAGCGACAUUCCACGCACGGGGAAUCUGCCCAUUUUUGCGACCUCACCGAGGCAUCGAAGUUUGCCUGCGUUGAGCACAGAUAAACGUGCCAUGAUUGUUACUACAACGGAACUGAGUCAGCCGUCGUCUUCGUCAAACAACAGCGAGGAAGAAAGUUCAAAUCAAAAUGAGCACAGCAAUUUCUCGGCUGGACAUCGAUUGCCCGCUACUUGCCCGAAUUCGCCAAUGCCGAUCAGAUUUGCAGUGGGUGAAGCUGUGACGGCUUCGGUUCUGGGAUCGAUAUCUCAUACGACAGUCCGAUCUUUUAAAGAACUGGCAGAUACUAAUGCAGGACGCGCGCGAUGCAACUCACUGGGCAGUACCACUGACGGAUGCAACGUUUCAGGAAAUCGCGUGGGUGCAGCAUCAGCAGCUUCGCCAAUUCCACCGCUUCCAUUGAGUCCACAGACUCUCACUAGUUUGGGACUGAGCACAUCAAACAAUUCGUCUAAGCAUAAACGACUGCAUUGCAGCUGCAGUAGUCAGACAGAAUUAAAUUCGUUGGAAUUGGAUUCUGCCAGUCCGAGUUAUUCUAUUUCAUCAUUAAACUAUAAUCACAAUCCAGCUUCUCCACCAUCUUCGUAUUCAUCAAACAGCGAUUAUACCGAAAGGCUAAUAGGCGGUGGUAGAUCGUCACCUAUUUCAGCAAACACCGGACAAAAAUCCGAGGAUGAUUUAAGCGCAUAUGUGAAAGAGGUGACUAAGGAAUUAGCAACUGAGAUAAAAUCUGAGAUUCGAGAGGUCAUUUCAAAAGUGGAUGAUGCCCUCUCAGAAACCAACACAUCUGAGAACACGCCGCAGCAUCACUCGCGGGCUCAUAGCAUGGUUAAUCAAACGUUUAUAGAAGAUAAAAGGCACGAUUCGUUCACAGCCAGUGAUAUCGCCGAGUACUUGAUGGAAUUCUCGAAAGAAAUGGCGAGCGAAGUGAAGUCUGAAAUAAGGUAUCACUUUCGAUCUGUCGUUAUGGUAAAACAAACAAAUACAUAUUAAAACUAACAAUUAUAUAAUACACAUAUAUAUUUUUUUUCUGAUAUAUACAUAUAUGUACAUGUAUAUACAGAGUGUAUAAAAAGGACCAGUAUCGCGAAAAAUCUCAAAAACUAGGCAUUUUACGAAAAAGUGUUUCAGAUAAAAAAAGUUGUAGGGUUUAAAUGGAUCUAUUUACUGAUUGUAUCAGUGUGACUUGGAUAGCACAGCCAAGGUUAGAUCAAGGUUACAUCGAUUUUCUUAAAAUAAAACUCGUUUUAUUGCAAAUUCUUAAAACUUAAUUCAAGAGCUUUCUAAAAUACUAUAAUAAAGUUUAUUUUCAUUAAAUAUCUUUUGAGUUAUGAAGGUUGAAUAUUAGAAUACUAUCUACUUGUACUUUUUCUACAAAGAUGAUUUCGAUCAAAACGAAUUUUGUGAGCUCAUGAUGCAGAGAAUUGACAAAGAACCUAAUUCCUAUUUAACACAGUUUUUUUUGGAUAAAGCAACAUUCGAAAUGAAUGAUAACGUUAAUAGAUAAUGCUAAUACCGGCGAUAUGUAAUAUAUUGAACUUUCAUAAGUCAAAAAAAACUCAAUGAAAAUAAACUUUCUUAUAGUGCUUUAGAAAGCUCUUGAAUGAAGCUAUAAGAAUCUGCAAAAAUAGGAUGUUUUAUUUAAAAAAUUCAAGGUGAUCUUGUCCUGACCUCCCAUACAGCACAAAACGAUUGCAGGAAUAUUGCAGAAAUAUUUCAUUGCACGAUUGCAAUAUUGCAAGUGCAAAAUACCACAGUAACAUUAUUGUGACACUACAGCAACGGUAAAAUGUCCGCCUUUAGAAAUUGCAACAUAAUAUCAUAGCAAUAUUAAAAUAUGAUAUCAUAGCAAUAUUAAAAUAAAAUAUAUAUAUAAUAAUGCAAAAUA